AUGAAGUGGUUCAUCCUGGCCCUGGUGUGUCUCCAGCUCUCGGAGGGGCUGGUGAGGAUCAAACUGAAGAAAGGCAAGUCUAUACGGCAGAAAAUGAGGGAGGCCGGAGUGCUGGACGAAUACUUGAAGAAAGUUAAAUAUGAUCCAGUCAAGAAAUACGGCUUCAGUGAUGACUACGUCGUGUACGAGCCGAUCACCAACCACCUGGAUGCCUCCUACUUCGGGGAGAUCAGCAUCGGGUCCCCUCCACAAAACUUCUUGGUGCUCUUCGACACCGGCUCCUCCAACCUGUGGGUGCCCUCCACCUACUGCGCGUCGCCGGCGUGCUUCAAUCACAAGAAGUUCAAGCCCAGUGAAUCCUCCACCUUCACUGACAACGGCCGGUCCUACACCAUUUCCUACGGCAGCGGCUCGCUCACGGUGGUGCUGGGCUCCGACACGCUGAGGAUCCAGACCAUCAUGGUCAAAAACCAGGAGUUUGGGCUCAGCAAGAAGGAGCCAACCCAGCCUUUCUACUACGCCGAGUUUGAUGGGAUCCUGGGGAUGGGCUACCCCUCGCUGGCGGUGGGAGGGACGCCCACGGCGCUGCAGGGCAUGCUGCAGCAGGACCAGCUCACCCAGCCCAUCUUCAGCUUCUACUUCUCUCGCCAGCCCAGCUACGCCUAUGGGGGGGAGCUCAUUUUUGGUGGCAUUGACACUCACCUUUUCCACGGGGACAUUACGUGGGCACCGGUGACCCAGAAGCUUUACUGGCAGGUCGCAGUUGACGAGUUUGCUAUCGGGCAGUCAGCGACGGGCUGGUGCAGACAGGGCUGCCAGGCCAUUGUGGACACGGGGACGUUUAUGAUCACAAUGCCCCAGCAGUACAUAGACACCUUCCUUCAGAAAGUGGGUGCCCAGCUGACCAGCUACGGGUAUGCAGUCGACUGCAAUCAGAUCCAGAACAUGCCCACCAUCACCUUCAUCAUCAACGGAGCUCUGUUCCCGCUCCAGCCCUCUGCCUACGUCUUGAACGACAAAGGCUACUGCACUCUUGGGAUCGAGGCCACCUACCUGCCUUCCCAGAACGGGCAGCCGCUCUGGAUCUUGGGUGAUAUCUUCCUCAAGGAGUAUUACACCGUCUUUGACAUGGCGAACAACCGCGUCGGCUUUGCCCGGUCGGCGUAGAGGAGUGGAGUGGUGGAAUCCAGCCCCUCUCCCUGCCAAACCCACCCCAACCAGCAUUGCUGGGGGGCUCCUAUGGACCUUUGUGUUCCUUCCCGUGCCUCCAUGGCUCCCUGUCCUUCCGGGAUUUCUGUGUAAGUGUGUCCUCAGUCUCC